UCAAUAGACUCACUAAAAUAAAGGAAAGCCUUACAAAACAACCCGUUCUUAUUGGGCAGUUACGGAAUACCGUUACGGCCGUGUCAUUGAAAUAUCAUAUAAAAACCAACCCACCGACAAAUUCACAAAACCAUCCCUUUUACCUGUUCAUCAUUCUUCAUUUGCCCUAAUUUUAACCGACCUUGAGAAAGAAGCCUAACAAAAAAGAACAAAGAUAUUAAUUAAAUUACAAAAUAUGGCUAAAAAGCAAUCGGUUUCUUUCUCACCGGUCUUUCUCGUCGUCGCCACAGCCGUCGUUGUCUUAUUCGCCGGCCAAGCUCAGGGAGUCGACAUCUGCGCACAAGCCGAAUACGUACCUCUCUGCCGAUCCGUGGUGAAAGGCGCUUCCGAUCCCACGGUCGCGAUUAAAACCGCCAUUCAACAUCUCUCGUUCGAAACAAAACGCGCUAAAACAGCGAGUUCGAUACUCGGCAAUAAGCAGGCUAUAGACGCUUGCACACAGAACUACGAUUCCGCCCUUGACAACCUGCAGAAAAGUUUGGAGUAUUUGCAGAUUAAGGACCUGCCAAGUCUUCGAGUGAUGCUUUCCGGAGCUCUAUCUUUCUACGUUUCCUGCACCGAUGCGGUGGCGGAAGUCAGCACUUUCGGCGUAGUGAAAAUGGCUAAAAAUGUUGAGAAAACCGACACUGCGCUGCAACAUUUGGCUGGGAAUUGCUUGCAUAUCGCCUCUUUGUUGAAGUAAUCUUUGAAAUUAGGGCGUGCCUAGGAACAUGGAAAAAAGGGUCGAAAAGGAGGUUUGGCCGAGCCGAUGUGUCGUUUUGAUUCUUGCAACGAUUCGGUUUGUCGUUUUAUAAUAAAUCCAAAAAGAAUAUACCGAAAUUAAAUUACGCGAUUAUAUAUUCAAAUAUAUUUUUUUAUUCUCUA